AUGGCAGACCACUUGAAUAAGAAAAAGCUCACUUACGAUGAUUACACCGUGGGGAUUAUAUGUCCACUAGAGGUCGAGAUGACGGCCUUGCGGUAUAUGCUAGAUGAAGAACACGUCAGGCUAUCUGGCAGGGAUGGCGAUCGCAAUAGAUACAUACUGGGCAAGAUGGGGAAGCACAAUGUUGCCAUUGGCUAUUUACCUCAAGGAUCGCAAGGUAUUGGUGCAGCGGCCACCGUGGCGACGGACAUGAGAAGAACCUUCUCCUCCAUCUACCUGCGCUUGCUAGUGGGAAUCGGAGGAGGAAUUCCCAGUCAAAAGAAUGACAUUCGUCUCGGUGACGUGGUUGUGGGUAUGCCAGAUGGUAUCCACGGUGGCGUGGUACAAUACGAUCUGGGGAAGAGGACGGUUGAUGGGUUUGAGCGGAAAGGGUUUCUCUGUCCGCCACCAGAUGAAUGGAGAACCGCCGUUGUGGAAAUGAAGUCGGAUCAUGAAGCGAAGCCUAAUAAAAUUGCAGGAUUCGUGUCAGAAAUGUUACGAGCGUUUCCUAAACUGCAAAAAUACUCUCGCCCGGCCACGCAUCCGGACAUUCUCUUUCCGCCCGACGUUCAACAUGUUCUGGACGCUCCAACAUGCGAUCAGUGCGACAAGAGUCAGGUCAUUCCUCCUCGAGGCUCGACCGACCCUGAGAUAUUCUAUGGAACAAUCGCCUCAGGAGAUAGUGUCAUCAAAGAUGCCAAGGUCAGGAACGAACUCAGUAAAGCAGCCGGAGGGGCGCUAUGCUUCGAGAUGGAGGCGGCGGGAUUAUCCAAUGGGUUUCCAUGUGUUGUCAUUCGGGGUAUUUGUGACUAUGCUGAUUCUCACAAAAAUGACUUGUGGCAUCCUUAUGCCGCGGCGACAGCGGCGGCUUGCGCAAAGGAGCUUCUCACUUAUAUGGACGUGGUUCCUGGACAUUCAGUAACGAAGCCGGUCGAAGCGAUUUCGUACUUUCUCGUGCCUAGACAGAGGGUAAAGAGGUUCCUUGGUCGCGAGGCGGAGCUUGAGCAGAUCAGGUCCUCCUUCGACAGUGAAGUGGGGCGACCUCGCAUCCUAGUCCUCCAUGCGCUGGGUGGGCAGGGAAAGAGCCAAAUUGCCCUUGAAUAUUGCCGAACAGUACGCCAGACACACCGAGGCGUAUUCUGGAUUAACAGCAGCUCCAAAUCCACCCUCACGCAAGCUCUCGUCAGCAUUGCAUGCGAAAUCAGGGCAGCAGCAACGGGGGCAUUAAGCGAUGACGAUGCGAAAGUCGCUCUCGCUCUGCGUACACUCGAGAAAUGGGAGGAUCGCUGGCUAAUGGUGUUUGAUAAUUGCGACGACCCUGCCACGUUCUCGGAUAUCGAGCAAUUUAUCCCCCAAGGCGGCAAAGGAGAUAUUCUCUUCACUAGUCGCCAUCGAGGUCUGGAGGAACUGGGUGCUAUUAUCGAUAUCCCACCUAUGCCGGACAGGACCGGUGUCGAAUUGCUCCUACAUCGAUACAACAACAUCGAUGUGAACGAUCACAUGUCUGCAGGCUCCAUAAUAGUGAGACGUCUCGGGGGUCUGGCAUUGGCUAUCGAUCAAGCAUCGGCCUAUAUGGCGUAUAAACAGCUGUCUAUCGACCGACUGAGUGACUUCUUGGAGCUUUUUGAGACUGAACGUAAGAAGGUGCUUCGAUAUACGGCUGGCCAUUUUUGGAGAUACAUGAAAAUUGACGAAGAAAGUGGCCGACAGACCGCUAUUAACGCCUUUACUACGUGGGAAAUGUCGUUCCAACAACUCCUCUCCGCCUGGGAUCCGCCUAGAUCCGUGGCGCACUUUCUUACUCUUGCGGCGUUUCUGGGUCCCGUGCAAGUCAGUGAAUCUCUGUUCAAGUGGUACCAAGAGAUUGAGAAACCUCCACCGGACUGGUGCGACAUUUUUACGGCUUCUCGUGGUUUACACGACGAAAGUUCGUCCAGCGACACCGAGGGAGAAGUUGACCAGCAAGAGCAUGUAACACGUGAACCGUCCGUGGUUGUUCAUCAACCUGCUGCAGGAGCUCCGGAGAAGACAUGGGAUGCUGAACGCUUUUGGCGUCUGAUCCGACAGGCAUACCAGAUGUCGCUACUACAAAGUAUUUUGCCGCCGACACCCCUCAAAGGGGCCACUUUUAUACUACAUCCCCUGAUUCGCGACUGGCUGCAGCUGCGAUUACGCUCGAAAGAGCGGCAGACGUAUACUCGCGAGGCUGUCAACGUGAUUGUUCGUACUAUUAUAACUUAUCAACUUCUGGAUAGCGAUGCCACUCUCAAGAGGUCCAUUCUUCCGCACAUGGAUGCCACUCUCUUGACGUUCAGAGAGUUCUUCAAAGCUGGGCAUCGACUAGGCCAGGAUAUUGCGAGCUGCAACGACGCGGAAUGGUUCGCGUCAUUCUAUCAACUUCAAGGCCGGUUCGAUGCUAGUCUCGAUCUAUAUCGUACAGUGACUGCGACAAGAGAGAGAAUGCUGGGCAAGGAGCAUCCAGAUACCCUAAUGAGCAUGAACAAUCUCGCCACUGUGCUAAAAGAUCAAGGGAAGUAUGAGACGGCGGAACAGAUGCUUCGAGAAGUGGUGGAAAUAAGGGGGAGUGUGCUGGGGAAGGAGCAUCCAGAUACACUAAUGAGCAUGAACAAUCUCGCGAUAGUGCUGCAGAAUCAGGGAAAGUAUGAGGCGGCGGAACAGAUGCAUCGAGAAGUGGUGGCAGUGAGAGGGAGGGUGCUGGGGAAGGAGCAUCCAUCCACGCUGGCGAGUAUAAACAACCUCGCCACUGUGCUAAGAGAUCAAGGAAAGUACGAGGUGGCAGAACAGAUGCAUCGAGAAGUGGUGUCAGUGAGUGAGAGGGUGCUAGGGAAGGGGCAUCCGUCCACGCUGACGAGUAUGAACAACCUCGCUUUAGUGCUGAGCAAUCAGGGAAAGUACGAGGCGGCGGAGCAGAUGCAUCGAGAAGAACUGAAACUGACAGAGAGAGUGCUGGGUAAGGGGCAUCCAGACACGCUGAGGAGUAUGCACAACCUCGCUUUAGUGCUGAGCCAUCGAGGCCAAUACGAGGAGGCAGAGCAAAUUCAAGCCGUGGUUGUCGUGGAAAUGUUGAGAGUCUUCGGGUUUGAACAUCCUGAAAGUCAAGCUAGCAUGGGCAAAAUGCUUACCAUAUGGGAACUCCAGGGUAUGGAGGAACAUGCCAUGGAAAAGUCACUUCUUGAACUCUGCCUAGGAGCGGUGACAAAAACGGAUCUGGCAGACCCUGAGCUUCAGUACAUAUCGGGUGACGUCCUGGCGGAUCUUGGAAUGCCAGCAUGCCAGGAAGACAAGGCUGAAUGA